AUGCGGUGAGAAUGAAUUGGGAAAACAAAACCAUAGGGCGGAAAACAAAAUGACGAGAGAAAAUGAAUGAUGGAGGUAAAGCUAAAACGAAAAUCCUAAAUUAAAUAUUGUGAAAUGAUGAAUCACGCAUUCUUUCUUCACUAUCGCAAUAAAACAAAAUUAAAUGAGUAAGAGUUUUUCCGCCUUUAAAAACUGAAAUCAUUCAAUCUGAAACAUAUAAUCAUAUAACUAACAGUUAAUAUAAUAAUGAUGUUUAUAAAACGAUUAGUUUUGAAAAAUGUGUGUGUUUGGAACACAACAAAACGAAUAAGAUGAAGAAAAAAGAAAAGCAAAGGAACGCGCUCAAGAAAAGAGACAAGUAAUAGAAGAAGGAAAAAAAGCGACAGCAGAAACAAGACAUGCACGAGGGCAGACAUACAGAGGAGGUCGUUGUGUGUGACACGAAAAAAGAAAUGAGAGUAUAGACAACACGCUUGAAGAUGUUCAGUGGAGCGCAGUUGCUCGUGUCCCUGUGAUGAAAAUGUUCCUGUUUUUCUAGUUUUUUCGUGAGGGAAAGAAAAACAUUUUUUGAUGAUAAAUAAUAGUGUUUUUUGGUGUUUUCUUCAAUAUUAUUAUUUUUUCUUAUUGUGAACUAUAUAUUUUUUAUAUUUUCCCUUCCUUAUUUUUCACAAGUACAAAAUCUUCGCUGAAACACUUUGCACUUUUUAUUAAUGUAUUUUUUGUUGACGCAACUUCUUUCAUUAUAUUCCAACUGUUGGGAUAAAUGUGCAAUUUUGGAGGUAUAGGCGAAUGUAUUCUGAAGAGAACAGUUAUAGUAUUUUUCUUAUUAAUAUAGUAUGCCACAUAGUUUUGUAAUAGCUAAAUUUAACAGAAAUAUUCGGAAAUGGUUGGUAUUGUUCAAUGAAAGACAAAAUAUGAAAAGAACAACCGGAAACGAAAAAAAUUCAAAAAGAACGUGUGAACAAUAAGAACGGUCGAACAAAUGUUCGUUUUUUCACAAAAUGAUAAACCAAGAUAAGGGAAAUCGUUUUGAAUGUUGGAAACAUUUUUAUCUGACACUGAAAGCUUUUUCGGAAAUCUCAUAUUAAAAUUCGUAUAGAUGUUUCAGAAAAUAUAUUGAAAAUUGAAAUCUGAAGAUUUCAAGAAUGAUAAAAUGUUGAUAAGAGCUUGAGCUUUGAUUGAUAUAACAUUAUGUGGAAAUCAAAAGAGUAUCAAAAACAUUCUGGAUGUUCAGUAUUUUUAGGAUUAUACUGAAACUCGUUUAUAUAUGAAAACUGAAUAGUAAAAACGAAUGUUGGACAAAAUUGUAUGAAACGUGGAAUCUUUUAUAAUUUUGUUUCAACUUGGAUAAUAAUUUUAAAAGUUUUCUAUUUCAAUUAUUUAAAAAUUGAAGUUUUUUUUCGAAUAGCUGCUUCUCUUACAGUUAGAUAUGAGAAUACAAAUUUAAAACUUAGAUUCUAGUGAAUACAAUAAUGUAUGUUGAUGUUUUCGGUGUUAAAUGAUCAAAAUGUCCAGAGAAAAAAACACUUUUUUGUGGGACUUCCACUUAUUUCAAAGAUCUGAAGCACUUAAGAGAAAUAUGAUAGUCGAUCACAACGAAUCAAGCCUAAUUAGUGUAUUGUAAAUAAUUAUUAUCUACAAAUAAACCACUUGUUUUUCAAUACUAUUUAUAUAAUUUCCAAAGUUCCACUCUUAUCUAAUUUCUCCUUCCGAUUUCAUGAUUCACUUCUUGUUUGUUUUGCUAAAUAUAUUUUUUUCAGAGUUUGCCAAAUCAACUACAAAAAUCUCAAAAACAAGAGGAAGCAACUGGUUUUGAUCCAGGUAAUGAAAAAUAGUACAUACACACUUUUUAUUUUGGUUUUGAACGUAUUGAAUUUGAUAUACACACACGUAUACACAAAAAAACAACAAAGACCAUGAUAACAAUGUGUGAAGACAUAUGGUGCAACAAUGAUUCCGAAACUGAUAAGCAUUCAAAUAAAUACCAAUCAGUCUGGUUCAGUUCAUUUUUAUCUACUCUAAUUUGCACUUUCUAAGAACUCAUUUUCUCAUUAAUUAAAUAAUUUCCAGUUUAUGCACUCGAUCUACAGUAACGAACAUCCACCAGUUCUUUCUGUUGUCAACAAAAAGAAACCCGAUUUGAAACCAAGGAUAAUAAUGGAAGCGGAUAACAAUGAUCAACCAAGACGUAAGCAUUUUCCUUUUGUUACCGCGAAAAAAAAUAUAAGAAAGUAUUUUCAGAAUCAUUUUGUACUUGGUUUCACAGUUUGAAAGUUCAAAUCUGGAUUGCCUGGCUUGGUGUAUCUGCUGGAAUUAUGGCUGGAACUGUAUUUGCUAUCAGAUACCAAAAUUGGAUUGCUGUUACAAUGUGUUUCAUUUCGAGUGCAUUUGCCACACUUGUUUUGCAUUUGCACAUGGCUUAUAAGAAAACUCAAAUGGCUGGGUGGUCGUCAACAAAAUUAAAAUGUAUUUCAACAGUUGGAAUCACUGUUUCGGUUUUCUCAUUCAUCGCAAUGAUUUAUUGUUUGGUUGAGGCUGGAAUUGAACAACAAACUCUUACACCAGAAGGUUAGUAUGAUUAUUUAUCGCAAAGAUCUGACUUGAUAAUGUGUUCACUAAAAUUUUGUGAUCUGUUCUCUAAAUCUAUCGAAUAUUUUAUAAUUCUCAAUUCGGAAUUGUAUUUAACACCAAAUGUUUCUUCGCUAAAUUCUCUCAGGUUUUGUCUAAAAAUAGAAAUCAUGUUCAAUUCAAAAAUAAUCCCACAUACUUUCACACAAAUAAAACGAUGAAUAUGUAAAUGAAUAACGCCUCGGGUCGUAGACAAGCUGCUUUUUUAUUUUACCAUUUUUUUACAGGACUCAAAGGUGCAAAUUUGUGGAUCGCUGCAGUUUGGUUUUUUAUGACUUUCAAAUGGUCAUUGUUAACAUGGAGAUUUGGCCGAAAAUAUCGCCAAUUCUGCGAUGAGACUCAACCACUUCUUGCUCCUCCACCAGAAUAUUCCGUGAUCGUUUAA